AUGAACCUGGAGCGGCUGCGGAAGCGUGUCCGGCAGUACCUGGACCAGCAACAGUAUCAAAGUGCUCUAUUUUGGGCAGAUAAAGUAGCUUCACUCUCUCAUGAGGAACCCCAGGACAUUUAUUGGUUGGCUCAGUGUCUUUACCUGACAGCGCAAUAUCACAGAGCAGCUCAUGCACUUCGGUCACGAAAACUGGACAAACUGUAUGAAGCAUGCCGCUACCUCGCAGCUAGAUGCCAUUAUGCUGCGAAAGAGCAUCAGCAGGCACUUGAUAUUCUUGACAUGGAGGAGCCAAUCAACAAAAGGUUAUUUGAGAAGUACUUGAAGGAUGAAAGUGGCUUGAAAGACCCCUCCAAUGACUGGGAAAUGUCACAGUCCUCCAUAAAGAGUUCUAUUUGUCUUUUACGAGGGAAAAUCUAUGAUGCUCUGGAUAACCGAGCCCUAGCUACCUAUAGCUACAAAGAAGCUUUGAAGCUGGAUGCCUACUGUUUUGAAGCAUUUGAUCUUUUAACAUCACACCACAUGUUGACAGCUCAAGAAGAGAAAGAACUUCUUGAGUCACUACCUCUUAGCAAGCUCUGUACUGAAGAACAGGAAUUGCUACGCUUUCUAUUUGAGAACAAAUUAAAAAAGUAUAAUAAACCCAGUGAAACUGUCCUCCCCGAGUCUGUAGAUGGUUUGCAGGAGAAUCUGGAUGUGGUAGUGUCUUUGGCUGAAAGACAUUAUUAUAACUGUGAUUUUAAAAUGUGCUACAAGCUUACUUCUGUAGUAAUGGAGAAAGAUCCUUUCCAUGCAAACUGUUUACCUGUACAUAUAGGGACACUUGUGGAGCUGAAUAAAGUGUCUUGGUUUGCAGUGGGAUGCUAUUAUCUCAUGGUUGGUCAUAAAAAUGAACAUGCCAGAAGAUACCUCAGCAAAGCGACAACACUUGAGAAGACUUACGGGCCUGCGUGGGUAGCGUACGGACACUCAUUUGCAGUUGAGAGCGAGCAUGACCAGGCCAUGGCUGCUUACUUCACAGCCGCGCAGCUCAUGAAAGGGUGUCAUUUGCCAAUGCUCUACAUCGGAUUAGAAUAUGGAUUGACCAAUAACUCAAAGUUGGCUGAAAGAUUCUUUGGCCAAGCGCUAAGCAUUGCACCAGAAGACCCUUUUGUUAUGCACGAGGUUGGCGUGGUUGCAUUUCAGAAUGGCGAAUGGAAAACAGCUGAAAAGUGGUUUCUUGAUGCAUUGGAAAAAAUUAAAGCAAUUGGGAAUGAGGUGACAGUUGACAAAUGGGAGCCUUUGUUGAACAACUUGGGGCAUGUCUGCAGGAAGCUUAAAAAGUAUGCCGAGGCCUUGGAUUAUCACCGUCAGGCACUGGUGUUAAUUCCUCAGAACGCGUCUACCUAUUCUGCCAUAGGGUAUAUCCAUAGUCUGAUGGGCAACUUUGAAAAUGCUGUUGACUAUUUCCACACAGCCCUUGGUCUUAGGCGGGAUGAUACAUUUUCUGUUACAAUGCUUGGUCAUUGCAUUGAGAUGUACAUUGGUGAUUCUGAAGCUUACAUUGGAGCAGACAUUAAAGACAAAUUAAAAUGUUAUGACUUUGAUGUGCAUACAAUGAAGACACUAAAAAACAUUAUUUCACCUCCGUGGGAUUUCAGGGAAUUUGAAGUAGAAAAACAAACUGCAGAAGAAACGGGGCUUGCACCACUGGAAACCUCAAGGAAAACUCCAGAUCCCAGACCUUCCUUGGAAGAAACCUUUGAAAUUGAAAUGAACGAAAGUGACAUGAUGUUAGAGACAUCUAUGUCAGACCACAGUAGUUGA